AUGACGUUAACUAAAAGAUCAAAAGGAAUUACACCGUUGGAUUUUGAUUUUAUCUUACCGAUGUCUUCAUACAAUGUCGACAAACAACAAAUAUCAUCUGACGGUGUAAAACCAGAAACUAUUGGAAACGAUGAUAAUGAAACAUCACCCCAAACACGUACAAAACAUUUUUCAAAACCAACAAAACAAUUGGAAGAUGAUAAUAAAUUUAAUACAAGUUUAACAUUUUCAAAUAAUUCAUCGAAUGCAAAUCGUUCAAAACCUGAAAUAUUACGCCCAAAUUCACCAACAUUAAAACGUCUAAUAGCUGUUAGAACAAAAUUAGAAAAGUAUAUUGGUACAUCAGCAGUAAGAAUCGUGUCAGCGACAAAACGAGAAAAACCAAUUGAUACACUGCUUCCCAGUGUGCAGUUAAUUUCUUCAUUAGUACAAUCCACACGAUCAAAUAUCAUUCAACAAUCAAAACAAUCACAGUCACAAUCAAAAAUACAAGCGCAACUAACUUCAUUGAAAGCACCGUUAGACAAGAUAACGUACGAAAAUAUACCGUACGGUGGAAGUGAUGUAAUGAAAAAAUGUUCACUAGAAAUUUGGUUGCCAAAAGCAGAAUUUUCACCCGAAUGUCAAUCGAGUAGAGAAUCAACGGUAAAAGAUGGUGCUAGUGGUGAACGAAGUUCAUCGGUAACAAAAAAAACAAAAAUACCACCAAUUAUUACCAUCAAAAGCCGUCGUCAAAGUAUUUUGACAAUGACAACUGACGAUGAUAAAAAAGAAAAUCAAAGUGAAUCAACAAAAAGUCGUAAACAGAUUAAAUUUACCUGGUCGAACAAUGAUGAAAUUGAGAGUAGUAAGAGUAAUAAGGAAGAAAAUAAAAGUAAUGAUCAGAUGUCAGAUAAAAAUACAAAUGAUGAUAAUGCAUCAUUAGGUCUUCAACGAUCGAAAACUGAACCAUCAGUGAUGCGUCAACGACUGUUUCAUUAUGAUGAACUUGAAUCAAAUGGUGACGAUGAUAUUGAUAGAAAUAAAUUGAGAAAAACUUCAAAUUAUUCUGCUAGAAAACGUACAUCGUAUCAUCGAAUACCGAGUUCAAUUACUACUGGCACCAACAAUAUCAAUGAUGAUUAUCCAAAUACAGCACCAUCAAUCGUUAAAAACGUAUCAAAACAACCACAACAGACAGUUUCAACGUCAAACAACGUUACUGUCUUAAAUGAAUUAAUGAGGAAAUAUUCGUUAAUUAAAAAAAGUCAAUAUGAAACAGGAAAAACAUUUGUGUCUUCUACAAUCAAUUACAAAAAUAGUCAACCACGUUAUGGACAUCAUGUACAACCAAAUAGUGAGAACAAUCAAGAUCAAGUGCAAACGGAUCUAAAAGAUUCAACUGACGAAAAUAUACAUGUUUCCGAUACCGACAUUAAGAGAAAUACAGUGGCUGAUCAAACGCCGAUAGUUUGUGUAAAACGUUUAUUAGUCGAUCAAACGUCAACAUCAACAAAAAUUAUGGAUUCACAAAAACUUAUUGAAAGACGUCGUUCAUCAAAACAAAUUUUAAAUAUGGAAAGUAGCACGGAUGCUAAUCGUACGAGUACAGCCAAACCCACAAUACAUCACAGCCUUAGUAAUCAACGAUCGACUUCCGCGUCAGUAGCCAGUUUAAACAUGCUAACUGGAAAAUCUAUUAUUGCACACCGAAAUAAAAUAAUAGACAUUUUUAAAUCGUCGAAGACAAAAAAUGAUAUUCUAAAAAGCAACUUACCAGUUGUAACAGAUGAUCUUACGAAAAACUCUGCCCUUAUUCGGAAAUCGAUGACAGUUUCUGUUCCACAGUUGCUUAUGGCAAAAUCAAUCGUUCCCGUUUCAUUUCAGAGAAGUAAAACACUUGACGUAAUUAGAAUACCGAAAUCGACAAAAAUUAUUGCUGCAUAUAAACCGACCGAAGAACAUUGUACAGUGAAUGAUACAAAAGAUAUGACUGAAAAUACUAACAGUCACACUAGACUUGACACGACAAUGAAUGUAAAUAGUGAACCGAAUGAAAUGAAGAAUAAGGAAAAUGAUCUAACUGAAAUACAAGCUCAAUCGACUCCCGCCGUAAAAGUAACGAGACCCGAUAGUACAAUAAGAACGGCUAACCAAAAUUCAAAUAUAUACGGGCCAACUAUUCCAAACAUGUUUCAAAGAAUUGCUCCCAAUAGUAUGAAUAACAACAAUAUUGUAAAUAAAAUAACCGUCGAAGAGCCAAAAAUAUAUUCCGCUAAUAAACGUCCACUCAUUACUCUUCGUCCAGAUAUUUCAGAUAAAGUUUCAUCGAAAUCUUCAUCACCUGUUGUUCAACUUUUACAGUAUCACAAUCCGAUCACAAAUUAUCAUUCCGGACAAUUGGCAAAUGUAGAAAAAGUAGUUGUACAUUUAAAGUAUAGUUCAGGAAAAACAUGGUCCAGACAGGGUUUUGUGGCGUCUCCAUCUCCCUAA